CAUGACUCCUACUCCGUGUGACUGCCCUGCAUUCCUCAAGCGGCACUGUCAGCUCUAUAAGCUGGUUUACGUUCACAGAAAGAGUCGCUGAGUGACAUUUAAAGUUCAGGAAAGCGCCCGCUCUUCCCUUUGUUUUUGUUUUGUUGGCGCAAAACGGCGGACAAUUUGCGCAAACAGUUUGCGAAUUCGCCGCUAUAGUUUCUGUCAAAGUGCAUCCUCAGCCUGCAGGAGGAAACCCAUGGUCGACCACUGAGGAAAAACUUAUGGCUGAGCUCAAGCCGCCAGACGCAAGGAGGUGCAGAUACUUCUUCCUCUAUGACGGGUCAAAGGUCAGAGGAGAGGGGGACCCCACCAGGGACGGCAUCUGCUACUUCUACCCCGAGGAGACUCCUAUGGACAAGCAGGACCUGCUGUGUGGUCAGCUUGCAGGAGUGGGCCGCUGUGUCUCUGAGCUUUCCUCCUCCGCUGUACGCGUCCUGAGGCUGCGUCGCUGCAAGUUCGCCAUCCGCAUGAAGGAUGACUUCUUCUGGGCGUUUGGUUGUUCCAUGGACGUCCCUACUGUCAGCGUCUGUGAGCUCCUGGAUCAUCUCAUCAACCUCUUCUGUUUCUACAGCGGCUCUGUUCGCCAGAGCUAUCAGCUCCACAGUAAGGAAACUCUGGCCGCUGAGUGGGCGCGGUACCUUUCCCAUGUUCUGUCCGGACCGUCCGAGUUGCACUACAUCUUACAAAGCGUGCGAACCCUAGACCUGACAAACGUUGACCCACUUCUUCUCCUCAAAGCUGCCCUCAUUCUCCAGGCGUGCCAGCGCUGCCCCCUGGUGUUAGCUGGCUGUGUUCUCUUUAGAGGGAGAGUUGUCAGCACACAAAUGCCUCCACAGCUGACGAUAAAGGUCAUGGUGCAUGAGAGUGAAAACUACACUAAGACGCAGAGGUCGAGUGGAAGGAGCACGCCGACAUCAGACGGCGGGCCGGUCAGCUCCACUGCCGUGUUCCUGACGCCGUCUGAGCUUCAGUACCUGCAAUCUGCUCCCGUCGACAAAAUAUCCAGUUCCCACUCUGCUCCGGAGAAAGACGCUCCCCCAAAGAAGACCAGGCUUUCCAGAACUUUAUCGGACACCCCGUCAUCAGAGUCGACGCCGUCUCGUCCAGCAUCCUGUCAGUCCCCUCAGAGGGCGUCCUUCAGCCCGCACACGUCGGGCUCCGAAGACUCCGUGUUUUGUCCGGCUCCGUCACAAGGUUCUUCUGGGAACUCCCCCGACCCGUCUCCUCCGUCACCGAUCCACCGUUUUUCUUAUGGAGGGAACGCUCAUCAAGCGGAGGGAGGAACACCGGACGAGUCGCACUGUCACAGUCUUCACAGCGGCGGAGGUGGAGUUAGCCAGAUGCCCAGCGAAGGAGAUGGCUCGGCGUUCGAGGAAUCCCUCCAUCUUAACGAAAAGAUGGCAGUGGAAGAGAGCAGAGUCUGCUGCAGGAAGCCCAGAGGUCACAAGGCGGCGAUGAGGCAGCCUUCUUCUGGUUCCUGCUCUUUCGACAGCCUGGAGGAGAGUCCUCUGAUCCCCAUGGUCCUGUACGUGCACCGGGUCAACAGUCUGGUGCUGGCUCUGCUGGUAGAACCUCGUUUCAUGGGCGACUCUGCCUCCCUGGAGGAAGUGAACCACAGCAGCCUGGCUUCGCUCAAUGGACUGGAGGCCCACCUCAGGGCCAUAUCUCCUGUGGCCCCAGGCGCCGCGGGGCCUUACUUAUUCGCCCAUUACGACUCCGUCCAGAGCACUCUGACAACCAACAUGUCUGGCCGACCAGGGGGAGCCCCGGAGUAUCCCUUUGUCCGAGCCACAUCGCUUCUCCACUCGCAUUUCUCUGACACUGAGACUCUGCAGGAGGCUAUUAUCAGGAGCGCCGGCACAGCUGUGUACGGCGCCCGCAGUGUGGCGCAGGAGACCUACUUCCAGCAGCACGGCGGAUCCAUGAGGAACUCGGGCAUUCCCAACCAGCAGGACAGCGCCUUCUCGCUGCCCAGCAAGGCCCGGCACAGACUCCUCAAACACGGGGUCAACCUGCUGUGAACGGACGGCAGGAUUCAGAACUCCGUUUAACAAACAAAUGAAUAGAAAAAGAACCCGCUGAAGGAUUUUGAUCAAGCUUUUGUCCUUGAUAAAAUGUUUUCUGUCGUUCCUGCUGAACUUCCCCUGAACACACUGACUAUUCUACGGUAAGACGCACUUUGUUUCCAAACGUUAUUACUGCCUUAAAUAUUUAAACAGAAAAGCUAACAGUGCCUUUUUUAAAAUUUGUUAUAUAGCAAUCUAUAAUGCAAUGAUUUAGAUCAGAGCAUAGUCAGGUUUUGAAAUGGCCUAGUCAAAGUCUGACCAAGAAGACGUCGCAAAAUGUUCAGUCUUAAGAUGUACGAAGCUGAAAGAGACAUUCCCUUUAAGACCGAGAGCAAACGCUUUCCAGCAUCGGCUCAUUGCGACGAAAUGCCAGAAAAGUUAAGAGGUGUGAAUACUUUUGAAGUCGCUUUCGGCGUUCAUCCUCAGUUUGGGUCAUUUAUACAUCGCUUUACUGUAAUACGUGGGCUUAAGAGUCUCUUAAGAGUCUGUUUACACACUGUACAUUCCCAUGCUGGCGAUACUUUCUGUUUUGCAGCAGAUUACGUUGCUCCUGUAUUUUCUAUUUCUUCUGACAAGACGAAAAGCAACGGCAUGUUUAUUAAUGGCGUCGCUGCAACCUUUGUGUUUAUUGGUAAUAAAACCAUCAAAUAUUUCCCAGAUCUUCUCGCUGUUGUUGUUUUUUGUUUAAGUGAGGUACUGUGAUCUGUCAAUCCUUUGAAGGAGUUGCAGUAAAUGGCUCAGACUUCAGGCUUUGUGUGAGGAGCUUUAGUCUCUUCAUGUUGAGAGCAGCAAUUUGAGAUGACCCUCAAAUUUUACCUCCAUUUUUUUUCCCCUUCUCAUUUAUUUUCCCAAAGGAUUCAAGCUAAAUAAAUAAAUAAAGAAGCAGCAGCAUGUGUAAAAACCAAA